AUGUCCAGCUGGGUGGCAUUAAAUAUCGAGCCCGAUGAGGCUGUGGAAGAGGAGGUUGAUGACACCAAGGAAAUCCAGAUUGAGGAAGCGCUCAAAUUAUAUCAGAAUGCCCUGAAGCUUCACUCUCAAGGAUCGCAGUUCUAUCCGCAAACCGCAGAGGCAUAUGAUGCGCUUUUCAAUUCGGAUAUCUUCAAAUAUCCUGAGUCCUUCUCCGACUAUAAGAGGAUUGCGCUGCAGGAUUCUGAACCUGAACCCCAACCAAAUGAUUUGUUAGAAUAUCUCGCAACAACAGAUUCUGCGGAUGAUAUUGGAGAAUCAGAUAUUAACGAUUCCACCUCGAGCACUUUAUUGCAAACAAUCUAUCUGUCUUAUAAGAACCAUGGCCAAUUUCUAUUGGAUUCUCUACAAUCUUUCUUGCAAGGCGUCUCUGAGUCUCCAGAUGCUGCUCGCGAAUCUGCUACGGAGAGGCUAGAGCGUUCUCGCGCUGCCCUUACAUCCUUCGCUGAGGCCCUGGAACGUGAUGACACGGAUCUUAACCUCUGGCGACAGAGCGCCCGACUGAGCAGUGCCUUGCAGAGCUAUAGGCUGUCCCGAUACUGUCUGGAAAGUGUUCUUGCUGAUGAUGAGAACCGUCUCGAGGUGCGAACUGAGCAACUAGGCUUGGAAGAGACUAUUGCAGAAGAGCGUCUCCGUAACACGCUGCAAUCGCUGAAUGACAGGCUAGCGGUAGCUCAAGUUCCUGUAAAAAGGCCGAAGAAAGCUCUGAUCAAAUUCCUUCAGCGGCAAGCCGACCCUUAUCCGUAUCUCCCGACUUUACCUGAAAAUCUUGAGGAUGCGGAUUCAUCUAAGAACCCACUUCCACUAAAGGCGACUCGCCAUGUUCUGAAGCCCAGCAGUGCAACCUGGGAUGCAGUUGGCAAAGAAAUCCUUCAGGCGCUUCUGGAUGAGGAAAAGCAUACACUAAACAUUGGCCCUGGUGCAUCUGUCGAUGUUCAGUUGCCGACCACUAGCCCAGAGCCGCAGGACACGACGCCCAAGGAGAUGCAACAUGCCGAUGAAUCACCGAAGAUGGAAGACGAGCAAGUCCAGUCUAUCGAGCAACAAGAUAUUGCUAUGGGGGACAACCAGCCAUCCACCAGCAAUGCCCAAGAAAACGAACCAAACGAUAUACCCGCUGAACCGACCGAAGACCAAAUGAUAUCAGCAGACCAGCAGCCCGCGAAACCGUCAACUGAACCGCAAGAUGAUCAGGCGGCUCAACACCCUGAAGACUCUAUUCAAGAGCAACCGGCUGCGGACGAACCAGAUUCCAAGUCAGCUAAUGGUUAUCGCAAGAGAUCAUCUGCAUCAGCGGUGAAUGAUGAACAAGCUGAGAACUUAAGGGCGAAAAGUAGAAGAACUCGUGCUCGAGAGUCGAACAUUGAUCCUUCGCAGGCUGACGAAAUUGCAUUCGACCAAUCAAAGUACUACGAGGAUCGUUUGGAGAUGUACGUCUAUGCUGAUCAGUGGUUGUUUGAGACGACAGACUCCUUCCUGUCCAAAGCUGGCGCCGAAAACCUAGGGGAUUUGGACUACAUGCGGAAGCGAAUGUCUCUCGUUGGCGAUGCAAAUGGUCCAGUGGAUUCGGCAGGAAACUUUGAAUCUUUGCUAUCGCAGGACCUCGGAAGCAUUAUCAAUAACUGGGACGAUAAGAAGGCCAGGGCAUUUUCUGAGAGCGACAACUUUUCCAAUCUGCAUGACAUACAGAGUAUGAGCAAGUCUGGGCUUGCUAUUUUCCUCGAGCACUCGAAGAAGUCAACCAGGAAGUCGGGGAUAAACGAAGUCCUUUCUGGCGGCGAGAAAUUACCCGAGUGCCUCAAACCAAUCAACGAGGGAUGGAGUCGUCUUGGUGAAGUGGCCUUUGACUGGCUCAAAGGCCUUCUCAUGCCAGAAUACGGGGAGUACUCGGAUGGUGUCUCCAAAGAAGAGAAUUUCCCCGCCACGGAAUCGACAUAUAUUUCGCUCCAGUGGCCGGAGACCCUGAAAGACACAGUUGUGCAGAUCUUACAACGUGAAGACGAAUAUAUCUACAAUAGGUUAUCGGGACAGAUAGCCAAUCUCGAGCGUCAAGUCCUUGAUCUGAGCCCUGAUGCUUCAUUCGCAUAUGACUUAAAACAUCGCUCGGAAUUGGAAAUGAUCCAAGCUAUCUUCGAGCUUCAUCUUGAUGUCUAUGCCCAAAUUAACAAUCCUAACAGUGAAGUCGACCAAGAAACAAGACUUCUACAGUGGGAUCGUUUAUGCAGGUGGAGCAUGCUGGCUCAAAAUUCAUUGAGUUACUUUGUAGAUCAUUCGAUCUCUGGCCAGAGCGGGAACGAGAUCAUUCUCCGUCAUCUAUGGGCAACGACAUUUCAUUCUAAUAUGGCUCCGGAUGUUCAACGAGAACAUAUCCUACUUUGCCUCCAGGAUCUCAAGCAGAUCCUUGAUCGACUCGGAAACCCAGACAUUACCUUGGUUAACAAUGCCGUAAUGCCGGAAUUAUCAUCAGAGGCCAUUGAUCGGGAAGUCUCGAAGUUGAAAUCCAUGGGCUUCUUCUUGAAGAUCUUCAGCCCCGAAUCGGAAGAUCCGGUGGACAUCAUUGAAACGAUUGAGCCGCUCCUCGAACCGUCUUCUAUCGAAUGUCAGAACGGGGUGUCAGAAUCAGAGUCGGAUGAUAAUGACAACCCAGCAUCAGAUUUUCACGAAAUGGGGUCUUUCUUGGAUCGAGGAGACGCUACCCUGCGACUAUUCCUGUGGCGAAGGCUCCAGGAGGCAUACAAAACGAUCGAUUAUCCACCAAAGGUCAUUUCUUGCUAUCUCAGGGGUAUCGAAACAAUUGUCAAGGAGCUCUGCAGCUCGGCAUAUGCUGAGGAACUCAUCGAACACCGUCAACAUACGCUUCUUCGCUGGCUUAAGUCACUUGAUAGCAUUCUGAGCAAGCUGGUCACUCAAGCUUUGCAAGAGCAAGACAAGGCCUUUGAUUGUAUCGACAUGGAUCAUUUACGGUCCUCGAUGUCUGCACUAGUUCGACUAUUGAAGCUCCUUCACAGUUUCACGCUCUACGAAGACUCAGUUCGCGUUGGUCAAAUCUUAGCUCCCGAAUUCCGCAGCUCGUUGGCAAAAUCGCUUGAAGGAUUCAGGGACCGCCUUCGUGAAAUGGAAGUCCGCUGUUGGAUAUUGCAGUACAUUUUGUUCAAGGAAGUCAUUGCGCAGAAUAAGGAGCUUUUCGAUGCACCAGAUGCGGACCGCAUUGAGUAUCUACGCACUGUGCAUUAUGCACUUGGACUUCGCAAGAUGUGCAGGCGCUCCGGCAAAGAAUUCCUCAGGCUAAUGAAAUCAGAGCUGCACGACGUGAAGAUCAACGAGGACCUCGAUCUCGAGAUCUGUCAAGUCUUCUACGAUCUUCAUGGUUACCGGUUGAUCAAUCACGACCUUAUCACGGAUCAUGGUUGUCCCACGGAAAGGAUUGACCGCGCUACAGCCAUUAUGAUGAUCGAUUUCGUUUUGAGGCAGGCAAUGAAGGUGAAUAUCAAGGACUUCGCGAAAUCAGACUUGAAAUCCACAAUCGAUAAGAUGCAGCAGGCGAUUGGUUCAGCCAAGUCUUCGCCUCCGUUGGCGUACAACAAGCGCAUCUUCUCCUCCUAUCUGAAGUCCGCAAUCAACCCAAUUGAACUUUACCGUGCUGCUCGAGGAGUGGAAGAUCUACCACUCAUUCCCGUGACAACUGAGAGUGCGACCAUUGCUCAGAAAGGAUGGUAUUUCCUUCUCGGAUAUUCCGCUUUGACUAAAUUCCGAUCUCAGAAGCGGCUGGCACCAACUGGGACAGGUGAACUUGACGACGCGAUCGGCUUCUUCAGGCAGGACAUCGAGAAUAGAUCGGGCAGAUGGGAGACUUGGUAUCGACUUGCGCAAACUUACGACUCGAAACUGGAAGAAGACAUCACAUGGUCAGCGGAAAAGAUCAACAACAACCGCAAUGAACUGGCAACUUUGCAACGAAACGCCAUACAUUGCUACGCCAUGGCUCUCGCAACAGCAAGCAGGACAGCAGAGCCGACACCAGAGACCCGGAAUACGUUGUCUGAGCUGUACACUGAUUUCGCCAUCCGCAUGUACUCUUCUUCUCGAGAACCGCUCUCGAUGGGACCUUUCAGUCUCUCCGACUAUGCUCGCCAUUACAGCAACGAGGAGAACCAGCAGAUGUACAAGGGCGAGCCUUUUAGGGAGAUGAAACCAUAUUCUGUCUGGAAUUUUACGAGUUAUCUUUUGAAGCGGGCGAUUGUCGAUAAGCCCAAGAACUGGGUGAAUCACUACAUGUUGGCCAAAUGUCUGUGGAAGAUGUAUAGGAGCGAUGACUCGGUGAGGGGCAACUUCAAGCGUGUGAGCCUUGACGAUGUUCUAGACUCUCUGCUUGAUGCUAUCGACACUCUUCCUCAACGCAAGGAUUCGCGCUCAGAGCCCAUUUUCGAACCUCAUUACAAGCUCGUGUCCAUUAUACACAAACUUGUUCACGGGGAUGUCCUGAUCCCCGCUGAGGGAAGCAAAACGCUUCUUGCAACACCUUGGGCUCGGAAGGUCAAGGCCCCAGAAGACAAGGCAGGAUGGCAGUCGUACAUAUUAGAAGUGCUCCGGAACCUGAAGCACGCAGACAAGUCCAACUGGCACCACCGGAUGGCCAUGAGAGCCGCACGUAUCGUCUACGAUGACCAAGAAGACGCCUCCGCCGCCGCAGUAGCCGCAAAAAACGAACUUACCCAACAAAUCUUCACAAAGACAAUGGCCAUCCAAGUCUGGCGUCCCGAAAACGAGCGUCCCGGUCGACACUUUGUCUACACAACCCGAUAUGUCUACUUCUUCGUCCACCUCCUCGACCAACUCGACGACAGAGCGGGUCUUGACCAACUCCUUCGCCGCGUACGGAAGAGGCAGGGUGAUUUCAUCAAUCACCCCAAGCUUUGGGAGGAUAUCUGCCUCACUUACGGGCGAGUUAUUCGUCGGGCUGGUAAAAUCAACGAAGGCCACGAAGAAGGCAUAUUCAAACCGAUCGGCUGGGAAGAAUUUGUCGCGAACACGGGUCGUCUGGAGAACCUGCCUGAACUAGUAGCACCCGAAAGCGCAUCCCUCCUCGAACUCCUCCGUGACUCCAUCGAAUUGAAGAAACUCAACAACAAUCUCAUGAAAGUAUCCCUCCUCGAAGACCUCAUCGCAGACCUCUACUCCCGUCUCUAUGAACUCAACCUCCCCCACGUAAUUGAACAGGCCAGCGAAGAAAACAAAGAGAAAAUGAAAGUCGACCAUCUCCUCAUGACUAUGGACGGCGCUGCUGACGCCCAUCCCACUGGCCCUGGUGGCCCCACCGUUCACCCUCCAGGCACAACGGCAACCGCAAUCUCAGCCCCCGGGCAGGCACAACCAACGACAACAACAUCCACCGAAGCACCAGCCUCCGUUCCCCGCGGCCGCACAAAGGGCAUCGCAAGAAGAGACAUUCAGAAACGCGCCGAAGCAAUCGUAGCCAGCAAACUCACUACGCGCCCUCCCACAAAACUCACAACUACCACCGGCCCAAGCACAACAACCACCGAAACAGAAACCCAAAAUGCAAACGAGACAGGCGCUACCACCACCGCAUCAACAAAAGCGCCAAAAUCAGAACCAGGAACAAAGGACAAGAAACCAGGCUCGACCCGCGAAAGCGGAGAUGAAAGUGAACUUUCCGAAACCGACGAGGAGAAAAUGACCAAACUUGAUGCUGAGCGUCAGCAUAGUAGGGUCUUUCCGAAUCUUAAACCGUCGUCUCCGCAGGAACCUGGUUCUGAGAUGUCUGUUCCUGAUGGUGACGCUGAAGGCGAUGGAGGCGAAACCGCCAAUGAAGGUGAAGGCGAGGGUGAGGGCGAUACCACGGUUGAAGAAAGCUUCAUCAGCGCUGCUCCCGGUGAUGAAACUGAGGUCAUUGACGAAGAGGAGGGAGAAGGCGAUGAAGGCGUUGAAGAGGGCGGCGAUGUAGCAGACGGUGAGGACGGAGAUGACGAGGGUGAAGAUGAUAAUGAAAAUGAAGGCGAGGGGGAGACGGAGAUUCUCAAGGAUACUGAAGAUGGUGCUGAGGGUGAGGGCGGGCAGGAGCAGUUCCAGGCUACUGGUGACGAACCGGAGGCGAUGGAAACUUAA